GAGAGAGAGAGAGAGAGAGAGAGAGAGAGAGGUUCUCUUCCUUUCUUCGGUACCGGAGCGACCGGACGAGUCGCUUCAUCUCUCCGCGGCGUCUCGCCCGUCUCCCGCGGGGAAACACACUUGUCACAGCGGCCGCCUCACUGCGGGACCGGUGGGUGGACCGGAAGAGUCCAGUGGGGAGCAGGCUGCCUCGAGCCGGCCCGGGUCUCCUGAUGCUGCACUGCGGGAGUUAAAGAGCCGGAACCCGGUUUCGGUUUAAAACUGAACUGUGUCUUCGGGGUGGAUGUGAGUUUGUUCUGAGGAAACAAUAACGGACUGAUGCGGGCUCACUGAUCACGUGUGGAUUCGUUUGUUUCACGCGUCCGGUUGUGCCGUAAAACCCUCUGGAGUCCCGGUGAUCGCUGCGCUCUGGGCGCUCCGGGGCUCCGUGGAUCUCCCUCCCCCCCCGGGACCAGCAUGGCGGGAGGAGCGGCGGCGUGGCUGCCGUUCGCCCGCGCGGCGGCCAUUGGCUGGAUGCCGGUGGCCAGCACGGCGAUGCCGGUGCCCCCAAAGGAGGGGCGCCGCCGCCGUGCAGGUCUCAUCGUGCUCAACGUGAGCGGAACCAGGUUCCAGACGUGGCGGGACACUCUGGAGCGGUACCCGGACACCCUGCUGGGCAGCGCGGAGCGGGACUUUUUCUUCCACGAGGAGACCAACGAGUUCUUUUUCGACCGCGAUCCGGACAUCUUCCGCAACAUCCUGAACUUCUACCGCACCGGGAAGCUGCACUACCCGCGGCAGGAGUGCAUCUCCGCGUACGACGAGGAGCUCGCGUUCUUCGGCAUCAUCCCGGAGAUCAUCGGGGACUGCUGCUACGAGGAGUACAAGGACCGGCGGCGGGAGAACCAGGAGCGCGUCCAGGACGACGAGGAGACGGAGCAGUCCAAAGACCUGGUGGUGACGGACUUGGGCUUUCGGGAGACCCUGUGGCGGGCCUUCGAGAACCCGCACACCUCCACCAUGGCACUAGUCUUCUACUACGUCACCGGCUUCUUCAUUGCUGUGUCGGUUCUGGCCAACGUGGUGGAGACGGUUCCGUGCGGCGCCGCGCCAAACCGCGUCCGCGAAACGUCGUGCGGCGAGAGGUACGCGCUGGCCUUCUUCUGCCUGGACACGGCGUGCGUGCUGAUCUUCACGGUGGAGUACCUGCUGCGCCUGCUGGUGGCACCGAGCCCUUGCCGAUUCAUGAAGAGCGUGAUGAGCGUCAUCGACGUGGUGGCCAUCAUGCCGUACUACAUCGGCCUGGUGAUGACCGACAACGAGGACGUGAGCGGCGCCUUCGUCACGCUGCGCGUCUUCCGCGUCUUCCGCAUCUUCAAGUUCUCGCGCCACUCGGCGGGCCUGCGGAUCCUGGGCUACACGCUGAAGAGCUGCGCCUCGGAGCUGGGCUUCCUGCUCUUCAGCCUCACCAUGGCCAUCAUCAUCUUCGCCACCGUCAUGUUCUACGCCGAGAAGGGCUCCAGCUCCAGCAAGUUCACCAGCAUCCCGGCGGCCUUCUGGUACACCAUCGUCACCAUGACGACGCUGGGAUAUGGCGACAUGGUACCAAAGACCAUCAUGGGGAAGAUUGUGGGCUCCGUAUGCUCCCUGAGCGGCGUGUUGGUCAUCGCCCUGCCGGUUCCAGUCAUCGUCUCCAACUUCAGCCGGAUCUACCACCAGAGCCAAAGGGCCGAGAAGAGGCGCGCUCAGAAGGCCUCUAAAGAAGCAGGACAGGCACUGGUGUGCAAGGCCAACCCGACCUUUGACCUCCAGCAAAAUCACCUGCUGCACUGUCUGGAGAAAACAACGAACCAUGAGUUUGUGGACGAGAAGGUGUACAACCCCAGUUGCCAGGAGGUGAUUGUGGUGAAGCAGCUCUCUCGCUCCUCCUCCGUCUCCUCUUCGCCUGGAGGCUUUACCUUCUGCUGCGCACGGAGGAACAGGAGGACCUUGCACCUCCCCAACUCCACCACAUCGGUGGGUCUACACGGCAGCGUGCAGGAGCUCAGCACCAUCCAGAUCAAAGAGAGGCCCCUCGCCAACAGUCGCUCCAGUCUCAACACCCAGUUAGAGGAGACGGUUCCGUUGAACUGUCACCAGCCGUACAGUUCAGCCGCCGUCAUCCCCGUUGCAACGCCGGCCCAACUGAUGGCCGUCGAGUACUCGCAGGCCGGAGUGGUCGGGGUGUCGACACUCUAGAUCACAACCUCUGAGCAUGAAGAUCUGAGGGAAGGAGACCUCCUGCUGUGAUGUCAUCAAACAGCUGAGCGGGUUGUUCAAAAACUGGUUCAGAUAGAACUUAAGUUCAGAUUUAGAGUGAGGACUUUACUAGCUUAGCUAACUAGUUCCUGAGCUGCCUUUUCACUAAACAGGCAACGCAUAUAAACGAGUGAAGUCUUAGUCAUAUACGUACUGUCAUCUUCACACAGAGCUAUUCUUAUGGCUUCAUGAUAAACUAGGCCACCAUAACACGCCUCUUCUCAGCAAUAAAGUUAACAAGUGUUUCCUGAAAAAUUUGAAUGACUCCUUAAACUUCUUCUUCUAAAAGUUUUUUUAAUAUCUGGAGCAAAAUGUCUCUUAUCCAUCUGGUGUGCAGAGGUUACUACAUCAUCUAAGUCGGAUUCUAAGAUAUAAAUAAUACGAAUAUUUCAGGGUGAUUUCUUUGAAGGAUCUGAAGCCACUGGAACUCAAACCUUUUAGGCUUUUUUUGGUUUAAUAUUAAUGGAAUUCAAAGACAUGUUGGUGCAGGUUGAAGCCUCUUGUCACACUGAACCUUCGUCUUCUGAUGAAUAAAACAGAUCUUUUGAGCUUGCGGACGUUUCUGGUCCUCGUCUGGAUUAAAGGUUUUAGAAGAUGGCCGACCUUGUUAUCUCCACGCGGUGACAUACGCCACUAAAGAUACGUUAUUCCAGAGGAUCAUAUUGUGAAUUUCUGGUUAAAAUAAGAAGAAAUAAGGAUUAUUAUUACUAUUAUUGAUAUAAUCACUGUGCAUUUGUGCUGUAAUUGUUAUUGAUUGGGGUCGUAAAAUCAUCUUAUUCUUUCAAUAGUUUCAUAAGAAGUCCAUGAUAUAUUAUGCUAUGUUUGAUUUGUUACUGCUUGUGUGUGGAUAAAAUCUGAAUUAUUAAGAUUGAUAUUGAAAAAGAAAAAAACUACAAUAAUAUAAAGCAUUUUCCAAUUGAAAGAC